CGCAGCGAGCGCAUUUCUCUUCGGGACUCGCAAACAGAAGUCACGAAUUAACUUCCUGUCUACCUUCUUAGUUAAUUUCGCAGAUCUGGACCUGUAUUGUAUUGCGCUUUCGGUACAACAGGUCGUCCAGACUGUUGACUUAAAAGUAACAUGUCAUGGGGAAAUGGGAACUUGAGCAUCGAAUGUUCCAGUACUGUUAAUGAACUGAUCAUUGAUGAUCACCACAACAGUAUGUCCGAAAGGAAUUAGUUACUAUUAACUUAACCAGGUAGGUUUGGUAGUUUUGUUGUGUUUUAAGUGUAAAACCUCGCAUGCAAAACCACGUGUGAAGUAUUAAACGUGUUUUAUUUCCUGUUUUUUUUCCAUUCAGUGAAGUCUAGGUUUAUGUACACAUGCAAAAAGUAUUUAAUCUUUGUUUUAGUUUGUCUUGUCUUACAGCACAUUUAUCUAAAAGCUUCAAAACGAGAUCCAUAGCAAACUUACGUAUGAUGUUAUGUUUUGGUUUCUGAGAAAUUAACAGAUUUGUGAUGCUAUGAACAAGAAAAGGUUGUUUGGCCGUGGAAGAGAUGUUGGAAAAAAUAUAAUCUAAAUCAGAAAGAAAGAGAGAACCCCAUUGGACACUUGUUAUUAGAAAAGUGUAUCAUCUGAUACGGUUCCCUCACAGGAAUGUGACGUCUGCUUUCAACUUCAUUUAUUGGUGUCCAACAUGAAGAAACAAUCCCAUAAAGCUCUAGAUCAGGAGGACCCUCUGUGCUGCUGUGAGUAUGUGGACCGUCAUGGAAGGCGGAGUCACAUGGCAGCAUGCUGUUGUGACUGUGAGGAUUUGGAUGAUGCUUUUGACAGGUGGAUAAAGAAGGAACCUCUAAAGGCAGAUUCUCUGACCCGGUUGGUGGCCACCAUCAAUGAUCGUCUGCGGUUGCCGUGGAUAUCAGGUGCCAGACGAUUUGACCACUCGUUGAUCCCUCCCCUUAUACUGCUUCCUGUUUUUUUGCACAUUGCAUCUUGGCACAUCCUGCUGGGUAUUAUAGUUCUAACAACUUUACCUGUAUUAGUUAUUUUGUACUACUAUUUCACCCACCGCAAGAAAGGUCGCACGCUGUUCUUCCUCAGCCUUGCCGUAUUCUCACUCUUCUACAUGUUCUACCUUUUCGUCGCUGAAGUUGUUCCUCGAGGUGAUGUGAAUCAUAUUCAGUUGGGUGCCGUGACGACUGGUGUUGCUCUCACAGUCAUUUCCCUCAUAAACACCAAGAGGGGGCCGGGUUAUGUCAGGCCACUUCCCACUGACACUCAUAGCACGGUGACCUAUCACAACCCACCGUCGGACAUAGAUGCUGCAUAUUUAAACGGAGCACGUCACCAGGUGGUGAUAGCCAAUCGUGUGAGUGCUCCCGAUCGGACUGGUGAAUCUGGGACGGCAAGCGUGGAACCCAGGGAGGGUCAAAAGAGGGACUGGUGCUCAGUAUGCAAGGUGGUUCGGCCCCCCAGAGCAGGACACUGUCGGAUCUGUGGAGUCUGCAUCCUACGUCUAGACCACCACUGUGUCUGGAUCAACAGUUGUGUGGGGCAGGCCAAUCACAGCAGUUUCCUUCUGACACUCGUUCUCUUUGUGUUGACGUCACUGUAUGGCAUCAGUUUGGUCCUUCGCAGUGUGUGUCCCCAGCAGAGUUUGAUAAUCGCUCUCUUCUACUGUCCUGAUGUGUACAACCAGUACAGCACUGCUCUGUGUUUCACGUGUGCCUGGUACAGCAGUAUUGUGACCGGAGGUUUGCUAGUCCUUCUGGUUCUCCAGCUCAUUAACGUCAGCUACAACACGACACAACGAGAGGUACGUCUUGCGCUGAGAGAGAAAACCGGUCGGACCCUUCUAUGGGGCCUGAUUGUCGACACAGGCGUCUACUGUCGAGGCUUCAUUAGCAAUUGGGAGGAAUUUUUGACCAUGAGCAAUGCUCUGGAGCCGCCGAAUCCCAAACCAACAGACUUGGUUUAGAAAUUAAAUCGUCACUCACUGAUGACUAACGGACCUUCAGGGGAUUACUGCUGAAUAGCAGGGGAUCAAAGUGAUUACUCGCUCAUAUACUAAUGUGAAGCAUAAAUCUGUGGUAUUCAAUCCAUUCAACAGCUGUUGUAGAGUCAGUUUUAUGGCUCUGAGCAGCAUGGUCAAGGUCUCAACAACGGUCAUAAUUCUUGACUAUGAAAUAUGAGAUGAACGCUUGUUUUUUGUGGACCAUUAGAUGGCAGUGUCGUGUGAUACAUUUUAAGAAUUGUAUUUCAUCAAGUACAACCUUGUCAGGUGUGAUCUGAUGACAGAACCAGUAAACAUGCAUGAUGUGGCCCUGUUUAUUAAAACAAUUAAUAAUUAGAAUAAUUUUAUGCUUUGUUUAUUAGCCCAUUUGUUUUUGUCUGUCAUUACUUAUGUCAUUUAUCAGAAGGAUACUUUUUAUUCAUAAUUCUUAUUCUAUAAUAAACAUUCACUAAACCAGCACCAGUGUGGCUGUAGACAGAUUAAACACAGUUGGUCUAGUCAAAAACAAUUUGAACUUUGUCCGUAUAAAAAAUGGUCAUGAUAUGCUAUUGUUAUUCAUUUCAUUUCUGUUUAUACAUUUAUCCCUGUUGAAUUGAGCAUUUAAUAUUUGUCUUGUAGUUUUGUAUUAUAGUUGUUUGUAUUAACUUAUAGUUGUGUGAAUUGACAUUAAAUUUUAAGCCUUAUUUGGUGCCUUUAUUAUAUCAUAAGUGAUGCUACAGUGCAUCCAAACAACUUUCCAUCUCAUGUAAGCCUAAUGAACGUUUUAUGUGCGGGUUUGAGUGCUGUUUGUGUGCUUCUUUUCUUGUUGUUGUUCAACUGGGGAGUCUGCAUAACUUAGCAUUCAGUUAAAUUAUGAAUUAGCGAAAUAUCUUCUGUAUUGCAGCGGGUUUCAUUUCAUUAAUUUCCUUCAGAGCACGAAAUCAUUCUCAGAAUUGAAUACAUUAAGUGCUUCAAAAUCCGGAUGUUUAUUUCUAUUUUUCUCCAUUAUGUUCUGCUUUUUACAUCGAAAUGCAUUUCAUUCAACAAGUUGUUCAAUUAAACCACAUCCUUCAAAAAAUAAACAAGAUUAAAAUGUGGAAACUCA